UCUCCACGUGUUUGGGAAUCGUUUCCGAAAGAAAUUUGCAAAUAGAAAUCCGAAAUGGCUAAACCGAUUGCCGAUGACAUUGUGGUGCGCCAGGUGGACGUCGGGGAAACGGAGCAACUGAUGACCUUCCUGCUGGCCCACUAUUACCCCGAGGAACCUCUGACGGCCGGCACACAUCCUCCAGAGCCGGAGGCGGCGGACAAGGAGUUUCUGCUAUCCAAUGUUCCCUUUGGCACAUGCUUCGUGGCGCUGCACGAAGGCCGGAUUGUGGCCGCCGUUGUGGCGGGACCAAAGGACUCCCACGAACCGGAACACAUGGCCGAGGAGGCCAGAAAAUAUGCCGGCGGUAAGUGGGGUAGCAUUCUGCAUCUGCUAUCCGCCGUGGAGACGGCCACCGAUGUGUGCCGUCGCUUCAGUGUACCCAGCUGCCUGCAUGUUCAUGCACUGGGCGUUGAUCCGCAGCUGAGGGGUCGUAAUCUGGGCGGCCGCCUCAUGGAGACAGUGGCCCAGCGGGGCAGAGAUUUGGGGCAUCAGCUCGUAUCCGUCGACUGUACCAGUGUCUACUCCGCCCGAUUGGUCCAGCGUCUGGGCUACCAGCUCAUCAACACGUUGCGGUACGUGGACCACCUGGACGCCAGUGGGCAGCAGGUCAUACGACCGCCGCCGCCACACGAGAGUGUCCAGACCUUCGUGCUCCAUUUGUAGGCAAAGCAGCUAACCCAUCUUAUCACCACCAUGCCCAAAAGCCAAUAACACGCCCCAAAAAAACAGUGAAAUGGUUCCUUAUCGCUGGUUUAUGAACACGAUAAGACAGCCCGGCAAAUUGCACACGCAAUCAGCUUGUAAAAUGCUAUUACAUUAGUAUAGAAAUGACAAAAUUUACUCAUAUUUAGACUUAAAAUAUCAAUGUUUUAUAUUUAUUACAUAUGUAAAAUAAAUACACUUUUCUUUAUCUAC